AUGACAGAUACUUCAAAUUGUAAGAAGGACAUUCCUUCUUCUGUGGUAUUUGAGGCCCUGCACUUGAGAGUGACAGUGGAAACCGUUGAGGGUGAUCUGUACAAAGGAAAACUGGCAGAUUUCGACGUUUCACGAGGAAACAUUGAGCUUGUUGAUGUCCGGCACCAAGCAAAAGACUCCACUUACAGGUUUUAUGAGCGAGUAACAGUUCGUGGCUCAAACAUCAGAAUUAUUUUGCUGCCGCAGGAGAUGAAAGCGGCGCCCUCCCUGCAGUGGCGCCAAGAUUCGGUACAGCAGGAGCUCACGAAAUCGCUAAAGCGCACGCAUUUCCUUCGAUCGGUUAUGCCUCCUCCUCGACCGGUGCGCACAAAGAAGGGACCACCCAAGAACGACAAGAGCAAGCAGUUGCGCAGAAAAUUACGCUGA